AUUUGUUCCUUUCACAACAGAAUCUCACAAAAAAAAAAAAAAAGUCAGAUGUUACCACGUCGGCCAAUGUCACCCAAUAUUCAAAAGUCUGACCUACAUCAGCCGAAAGCAAAGAAUCAACCUCAAGGCCAGUUGGCUGCUCUUUUGCAUGGUAAACUUGACUAUGAUGACUUGUUUGUCUCGCAACCUGGUAGUUCUUCUCUCUUUCCAGAUGACCAUCGUUCAAAUAGCGCUCCACCCACGCAAUUAUUAAAUUCGAGACGUGGUCAUCAAGAACCCAUGAAUGAUCCCGACCAUGCAAGAUAUUACCAAGAUGCCCAGCAACAACAACAUCAACAGCAGCAACAACAACCUUGGCAAUUAUGGCAAAACGGUGAAGAUGAAUAUGCACAGGCGCAACAGGACCCAAGAGGUUUUUAUUCGGGUAAGCAGCAACAGAAUAAAGGUGGGGAAGAAACAUUAGCCAGUCGUCGUCAACGUAACUUGGUGGAUCUGAUUCAACAGGUAAAUGAUUUCCCUCGUACACCAUCACCUUUAUUUGCAUUACAACAGCAAGCGAGACAAAGACAUGCUGCCGCUGCUGCUGCUGCCGCCGCCGCUGCCGCUUCUUCCGCUGGUGGAGCUGGUGUAGCUACUGCUAAUGGUGGAUUUACAUUCGAUAACGAUCCAGCCAUGUCCACUGGUGAUUUGGAUGCGAUGCAAAAGCAAUACAGAGAUCAAUUGAACGCUUUGGAUUAUGAUGAAAUGAUUUUAAACAACAAUAACGGUAGAAAUAGACAACAACAACAGCAUGAGGAUUAUGGUUUGCAUAUGGAAGAUCCCCGUUCUUCCAUCUCGCCACCCCUGCGAAAUAAAUUUGCUCCCACUAGUAGCACUCCACCUGCACGCUCAAAUUCAACUCCUCCCGGUAGAAACAUGUAUAGCGAUCUGGAUCGUCAAACUGAAAUGAUGAUGAAUCAAUUUGGUGGGUUUGGCUUGAAUGAAGAGGAUGAUUACGGUAUGUUAUCAAACACUCAUUAUUUGCAACAGUUGCAACAGCAGCAGCAACAACAACAGCAACAACAGCAACAACAAGGUAGAUUCCAACAACAACAACAACAACAGCAACAGCAAUCGAGCCCUUAUUACAACAAUGGUUAUAACGGACAACAAGCUUAUAACCCCGCUUUAGAUUUAUCGAAUGGAAUGGACGACAAUACUUCGGACCAUCUUUUGAGCCCAGAUGCAUCCAUGUAUGGACGUUGGAGUCAAGGUGAUACCGCCUACCGCAGACAACAACAACAGGCUGCGGCUGCUUUGGGUCAUGGCAUGAAUGGACCUCUUACUGCCCCUGCUGGCAUGGAUACCAGUUUCCCUGAAAAUAGUCUCCCUGGUGCCACGGAUAAAAAAUUGCGUGCUUUACAGUUACAACAGCAACAAUUAUUGAUCCAACAACAGCAACAACAAUUGUUGGCAGCCAGACAACAAUUAUUAUCUUCUCGACAUGAUAAUCGUCAUCAUCACCAUCAACAACAACAACAGAUGCAACAACAACAGCAGCAACAACAACAGCAACAACAAUCGAGCCAAGACAUGGCACUUAGUAUCCGUAGUGCAUUACUUGAAGAAUUCCGUAACUCCAAGAACAAGAAAUACGAGCUUAAAGAUAUCGAGGGACAUAUUGUUGAGUUUAGUGGUGAUCAACACGGAUCUCGAUUUAUCCAACAAAAGUUAGAAACAGCCAAUAGCGAUGAAAAGCAAAUGGUAUUUGAGGAAGUCUUGCCUAACGCUUUGCAAUUGAUGACGGACGUCUUUGGUAAUUAUGUCUUGCAAAAGUUCUUUGAGCACGGAAAUCAAAUGCAGAAAACAAUUUUGGCUAAACAAAUGGAGGGACAUGUUUUAUCACUUUCAUUGCAAAUGUACGGUUGUCGUGUUGUUCAAAAGGCCUUGGAACAUGUCUUGACUGAACAACAGGCUACCUUGGUUAAGGAGUUAGAUGGCUGUGUCCUCAAAUGUAUCAAGGACCAAAAUGGUAAUCAUGUCAUUCAAAAGGCAAUUGAACGCGUACCUGCUCAACAUAUCCAGUUCAUCAUUGAUGCUUUCCAUGGUCAAGUCUAUAACCUUGCUACACAUCCCUAUGGUUGCAGGGUCAUUCAACGUAUGUUUGAGCACUGUACAGAAGAUCAAACCGUGCGCAUUGGCCCUUUGCUUGAUGAAUUGCACCGAUGCACUAGUCAACUUGUACAGGAUCAAUACGGAAAUUACGUAAUUCAACAUAUUUUGGAACGUGGAAGAGCUGCAGAUAAAUCGCUUGUGAUUGACAAGAUUCGUGGCCAAGUACUCCAAUUGAGUAAACACAAAUUCGCAAGUAACGUUGUUGAAAAGUGUGUUGAUUAUGGAUCGAAACGCGAUCGACAAUUAUUGAUUGAAGAGGUGCUUCAACCUAGACCAGAUGGAACUUUGCCUCUUGUCACGAUGAUGAAGGAUCAAUAUGCAAACUAUGUGAUUCAGAAAAUGUUGGAUGUUGUGGACGAUGACCAACGUGAGUUAUUAGUAAACAAGAUCAAACCUCACCUUCAAUCUUUAAAAAAGUAUACCUAUGGCAAACAUUUAAUUCAAAAAGUAGAAAAAUUGUUGCCUCUUAUUAAUAAUGGUCAAGUCAGUCUUGAAGACGAAGAACACAUGCAGCAGCUUGAUGAUCCUGUUUUGGAUCCUUCCAUCUAAACUCACCUUUUUUUGACUUUUUAUUCACUGUAAAUACUGCAGGAGACAAGAGAGUUUCCAUCACUUGAGAAAACAACACAUCCCAUCCUAUUUAAAAACGCCAAAAAAAAAAAAAAAAUUAUAUAUCUUAAUCCCAACAACUUUUUGACAACCCACCGAAAAAAAAAAAAAAAAACCAAAAAAACACGAAAAUCAUGGAUGGGUAAAACUUUUCUUCUCAAUUUUGUACUCUAUUCUUUUUUUUUUUUUAUAUUUUUCUUUUGUUAGAUAAAUGACUUUAUUAUUAUUUUGUACAUCAGCUAAAUACAGUCAGAUUGUACAUGUAAUCCACAAACACACAAACACACACCACUCUUAAAAAAAACCACAAACACACACACACACACACACACACCUUUCUUAUUGAUAUUUUCUUUUCUUUCCCUUUUCCUUUUUCUUUAUAAAUAUAUAAACAACUUAUUAAAAAUCCCUUUUUUGUACUGCUCCAGAGCUAAAAUU